GGGGGACAAACAGGGUAGAGCAGCUGCAGCGGGGCCCACCUUGUUUUCGUGUCCCCACCACACAAAGAGGAACAGGAACCACCUCACCGGAAGCAGUCCCUCUGCUCUCUGAGGCAUUACACAUUCCUCCGCGCGCCGGAAGAGCGCGUUCAACCUUGCGGGAUUGCUUCUCCCUCGCCUCUCCUCGAGGCGAGGUCGCGCAGCCUUCAGGGGCCACGCACCCGGUGUGGACGGAGAGCGCAGAACUUUGACGGGCAAGCAGAGGAAAAGGGGCACGCCGGCUGUCAUGGAAGGGAGGAAGGAGAGAAGACCGGACUAGACGUGGCGGCGGUGGGAUUUUGUUUCCUGCCGUGGCGGACGGAUUUAGCAGUACGUUAACUUCCGGAAGCGUCCUGUCCCUGAGAGGAAAAGCCCUGAAGGAAACAAUAACAAACGACCUGGAGGAAGCGCUUCUGGGUCUUCUGUGAGGACUCGUUCUCUCCUAAGAAGAUGCGCUGCGGCCCCUGUGAGGAGACGUGAGAGGGCUUGGUGGCCGUCAGCUAGCCUUUCCCCGCUCGUGCACCUCAGGCGCCCCCCCGACCCCCGGCUUUGACCAUGGCGGGCGUGGGCCCGGGGGGCUACGCGGCCGAGUUCGUGCCGCCGCCCGAGUGCCCGGUCUUUGAGCCCAGUUGGGAGGAGUUCACAGACCCGCUGAGUUUUAUCGGUCGCAUCCGGCCUUUGGCUGAGAAAACUGGCAUCUGCAAAAUCCGUCCACCCAAGGAUUGGCAACCUCCAUUUGCCUGUGAAGUAAAAACCUUCCGAUUCACUCCCAGAGUCCAGCGCCUGAAUGAACUUGAGGCAAUGACUAGAGUAAGAUUGGACUUCUUGGAUCAACUGGCAAAAUUUUGGGAACUUCAAGGAUCUACAUUGAAGAUCCCUGUGGUGGAGAGAAAAAUCCUGGAUUUGUAUGCUUUAAGUAAGAUUGUUGCCAGCAAAGGAGGCUUUGAAAUAGUCACCAAAGAGAAGAAAUGGUCUAAAGUGGGUAGCCGGUUGGGAUAUCUGCCAGGAAAAGGAACUGGGUCUCUUUUGAAGUCACACUAUGAAAGAAUUCUCUACCCAUAUGAGCUUUUCCAAUCUGGUGUCAGCCUCAUGGGUGUACAAAUGCCUGAUUUAGAUCUUAAAGAAAAAGUUGAGGCUGAGGUUCUCAGCACUAACAUCCAGCCUUCCCCAGAGCGGGGAACAAGAAUGAAUAUUCCACCAAAAAGAACAAGACGAGUUAAAUCUCAGUCAGACUCUGGAGAAGUAAAUAGAAACACAGAACUGAAGAAACUUCAGAUUUUUGGGGCUGGACCCAAAGUUGUGGGCCUAGCAGUAGGAGCAAAAGAUAAAGAAGAUGAGGUCACACGAAGACGAAAAGUUACCAACAGGUCAGAUGCAUUUAACAUGCAAAUGAGACAACGGAAAGGAACUCUGUCUGUUAACUUUGUUGAUCUCUAUGUUUGCAUGUUUUGUGGUCGAGGAAACAAUGAGGAUAGACUGCUUUUGUGUGAUGGAUGCGAUGACAGCUAUCAUACGUUCUGUCUUCUUCCACCACUACCUGACGUGCCCAAAGGAGACUGGAGGUGUCCUAAAUGUGUUGCUGAGGAAUGUAACAAACCUCGAGAAGCCUUUGGAUUUGAGCAAGCUAUAAGAGAAUAUACACUUCAAAGCUUUGGAGAGAUGGCAGAUAAUUUUAAGUCUGAUUAUUUCAAUAUGCCAGUCCAUAUGGUUCCAACAGAGCUAGUAGAAAAGGAAUUCUGGCGGCUAGUAAGUAGUAUUGAAGAAGAUGUUAUUGUAGAGUAUGGAGCUGAUAUCUCUUCAAAAGAUUUUGGAAGUGGAUUUCCUAUAAAGGAUGGUCAGAGAAAGAUGUUGCCAGAAGAAGAGGAAUAUGCACUUUCUGGUUGGAAUUUGAAUAACAUGCCUGUUCUGGAGCAGUCUGUUCUUGCACAUAUUAAUGUGGACAUUUCUGGUAUGAAGGUGCCAUGGCUCUAUGUGGGGAUGUGCUUCUCUUCUUUUUGCUGGCAUAUUGAAGAUCACUGGAGUUAUUCCAUUAACUACUUGCAUUGGGGCGAGCCAAAGACAUGGUAUGGUGUACCAUCUCAUGCUGCAGAACAACUGGAGGAGGUGAUGAGGGAGCUGGCCCCUGAGUUAUUUGAAUCACAGCCUGAUCUCCUACAUCAGUUAGUAACCAUCAUGAACCCAAAUGUGCUCAUGGAGCAUGGUGUGCCUGUGUACAGGACUAAUCAGUGUGCUGGAGAGUUUGUGGUGACGUUUCCUCGUGCCUAUCACUCUGGAUUUAACCAGGGAUACAAUUUUGCCGAAGCGGUGAACUUCUGUACUGCUGACUGGGUCUGUUCUAUAGCACGUGGCUGUUUUGCCCAUUGGACGUCAGUGUGUAAAUCACUAUCGACGGCUGAGACGCCAUUGUGUCUUUUCGCACGAGGAACUCAUUUUCAAGAUGGCAGCAGACCCAGAAUGCUUAGAUGUGGGCCUGGCUGCCAUGGUAUGCAAAGAGUUGACUCUCAUGACUGAAGAAGAGACACGAUUAAGGGAAUCAGUUGUUCAAAUGGGUGUUGUGAUGUCAGAAGAAGAAGUCUUUGAACUUGUUCCUGAUGAUGAGCGGCAGUGUUCAGCAUGCAGAACCACAUGUUUUC